UGCCCCUCGCAGCUUUCUCACCACAAAACACUCUCUAGAUCACUUGAUUGCAAGUUGCCACAGUCCUUCCAUCUAUGAUUAAAAAAGGGCAGCUUCUGUAUAACCCAAAUGCCAAUUUCAGAGUUCUACAAUUGAUAUACAUUUGUGAAGUGGAGUUACGUAGCCCCUGAGUUAGCAGCCAUGGCCACUCACGCAGCUCUGGCUUCAACAAGGAUCCCCACCAACACAAGGCUUCCUUCCAAGACUUCCAAUUCUUUCCGACCUCGAUGCUCAUCCAAGAGGCUGGAUGUUGCUGAGUUCAAUGGGCUUAGAUCUGCUUGCCUGACCUUCUCUAACAAUGGCAGAGAAGGAUCGCUCUUCGACGUCGUGGCUGCUCAACUGACUCCCAAGGCAGUAGGAUCAUUUCCGGUUAGGGGAGAAACAGUGGCUAAACUCAAGGUGGCAAUCAAUGGAUUUGGACGUAUUGGCCGAAACUUCCUGCGGUGCUGGCAUGGCAGGAAAGACUCGCCUCUCGAUGUUGUCGUUGUCAACGACAGUGGUGGUGUCAAGAAUGCCUCCCACUUGCUAAAAUAUGAUUCCAUGCUGGGAACUUUCAAGGCAGAGGUGAAAAUUGUAGACAAUGAAACCAUAUCUGUUGAUGGGAAGCCAAUCAAGGUUGUCUCAGGCAGGGACCCCCUCAAGCUUCCUUGGGGCGAGUUAGGCAUUGACAUUGUUAUUGAGGGUACAGGAGUGUUCGUGGAUGGCCCAGGGGCAGGGAAACACAUCCAAGCAGGUGCAAAGAAGGUUCUCAUCACUGCUCCUGCAAAAGGUGCUGAUAUUCCAACAUAUGUUGUUGGGGUAAACGAAAAAGAUUACUACCAUGAUGUUGCUAACAUCAUUAGCAAUGCUUCUUGCACCACCAAUUGCCUUGCUCCUUUUGUGAAGAUCAUUGAUGAGGAAUUUGGCAUUGUGAAGGGAACGAUGACAACCACUCACUCCUACACUGGAGACCAGAGACUUUUGGAUGCAUCACACCGUGACUUGAGACGAGCCAGGGCCGCAGCUUUGAACAUUGUCCCCACAAGCACUGGUGCAGCAAAGGCCGUAUCCCUUGUGCUGCCCCAGCUUAAGGGCAAGCUCAAUGGUAUUGCACUUCGUGUGCCUACUCCAAAUGUUUCAGUUGUUGACCUCGUUGUGAACGUUGCGAAGAAAGGCAUCUCCGCAGAUGAUGUCAAUGCUGCCUUCAGAAAGGCAGCUGAUGGACCAUUGAAGGGCGUGCUAGCCGUGUGCGAUAUUCCUCUUGUUUCUGUGGACUUUAAGUGCACUGAUGUUUCCUCCACAAUUGACUCUUCAUUAACAAUGGUAAUGGGAGAUGAUAUGCUCAAGGUGGUCGCCUGGUACGACAAUGAAUGGGGAUACAGCCAAAGAGUUGUGGACUUGGCUCAUUUGGUGGCAAGCAAAUGGCCGGGAGUGGGAUCGGGAACAAGUGGAGAUCCGUUGGAGGAUUUCUGCCAGACUAACCCAGCUGAUGAAGAGUGCAAAGUUUAUGAAGCUUAGGCAUCAUCAUGUCUUUUGUUGGUUGCUUUGAGUCUAGGUCGUUUUUUAGCAUUGCUGUACAAUGCUUGUUUAGAAUUCAAAUUCAAGGAAGAGACUUUUUAUCUAUCCAUUUGUAAAAUUUGAAGACAGUGUUCUAAAGCUGCAAUAACCUUUGAAAAGGGACAAAAAUGAAGGAAAAACAUGAACCACCCCCUUUACU